AUGGGUCGCUCUCAGGAGCUCAGUGAAUUCAAACGUGGUACCGUGAUAGGUUGCCACCUGUGCAAUAAGUCCAUACAUGAAAUUUCCUUGCUACUAAAUAUUCCACGGUCAACUGUUAGUGGUAUUAAAACAAAGUGGAAACAACUGGGAACAACUGCAACUCAGCCAUGAAGUGGUAUUCCACGUAAAAUGACAUCACCAAGUACAAUACAAAGGCUUGGGCUUGGCACCUUAGUUCCAGUGAAGUGCAGGGAACGCUUAAGGCAUCAGCAUACCAUUUUGGACAAUUUCAUGCUCCCAACUUUGUGGGAACAGUUUGAGGAUGGCCCCUUC